AUGGCACAUCAAUACUCCGGACGCCUGGCGGUGAUAGGCGGCGGUAUUGGUGGCCUGGGAUCUACGACGGCACGCCGAUUACACUCUCACGGCGCGGAGGUGGUGCUCCUGUACGCCCCGUUCGAGCGCGACCGCGUCGCAGAGACCGUGAAGCGAGUCUUCGGCAAGGAGUCUCCCGAGGGUGUGUAUACGUUCGAGACCGACAUCACGUCUGAAGCCUCGGUCAAGGAUGUCUUCUUCAACGGCAUCGGUGCCUUGAAAACGGACGCUUUUCCCAGCAUCCUGGUCAAUGCCGCUGGCUACGUGUCCGUCCAACCGCUCGAAGAGACGUCGGCCGAGGAAGCAUUGAAGAAUUUUUUGCCCAAUCUGCUCGGCCCGCUGAACUGCAGUAACGCCUUUUUUCACCUCUAUCAACGCCGGGCCGCCGAGCUGGCCGGGAAGAAGGAGACGGGCGACGUGCAACGACCACCACCAUCACAGCCGCCGCCAGGCCGCAUCGUUUCCAUCGCGUCCCAGGCGGCGCAUGUCGCGCUCGACGGGCACGGCGCGUACUGCGCGUCCAAGGCCGGCCUGCUCGGCCUGACGCGGUGUCAGGCCAGCGAGUGGGGACGCAAGGGCAUCACCUCCAACACGGUGUCUCCAACGGUGACGUGGACGCCGUUGGCCGCCAAGGCGUGGGCGGACGAGGAGAAGAAGGCCAGGCAUCUGAGUGAGAUUCCGACGGGGCGGUUCGCCGUGCCGGACGAGGUGGCCGCAGCGAUUGAGUUCCUGUGCAGGGACGAGAGCGGUAUGAUUAACGGGAGUGAUGUUAGGGUUGACGGCGGAUUCACGAUAAGGUAG